AUGGCUUCAAUUCUUCAAUAUUGUAGCUUUAGUAGCUUUUUGUUGGUUACAUUAACAUGCAUGUUCACAACCAUUGGAAAUGCAGCAUUAGCAACGGGCAUAUUUAGACCUAGUGAUUGGGCUCUUGCACAUGCCACAUUUUAUGGUGAUGAGUCUGCUUCUGCCACCAUGGGAGGAGCUUGUGGGUAUGGAAACUUGUUUUCGAACGGUUAUGGAACAGACACAGCAGCAUUGAGCUCAACGUUGUUCAACAAUGGAUAUGCAUGUGGGACUUGUUAUCAGAUAAAGUGCUACCAAUCGAGUGCAUGUAAUGCCAAUGUGCCCUACACCACUGUAACCGCCACAAAUCUUUGUCCUCCUAAUUGGGCCGAGCCUUCUGAUAAUGGCGGUUGGUGUAACCCACCAAGGGCCCAUUUUGAUAUGUCCAAGCCCGCUUUCAUGAAAAUUGCACAGUGGACUGCUGGCAUUGUCCCUGUUCUCUACCGCAGAGUUGCAUGCGAAAGGAGUGGGGGGCUUCGAUUCGCAAUGCAAGGAAAUGGGUACUGGGUAUUGGUGUAUGUGAUGAAUGUGGGAGGUGGUGGAGACAUAAGCAGCAUGUGGGUCAAAGGAAGCACAACAGGGUGGAUCGCUAUGACCCACAAUUGGGGUGCUUCUUACCAAGCAUUUGCUUCACUCUCUUCUCAACCUCUAUCCUUCAAGAUUACUUCUUUAACUACCAGACAGACCAUCAUUGCUUGGAAUGUUGCUCCUUCUAAUUGGGCCGUUGGACUCACUUAUUCCACCAAUCUCAACUUCCAUUGA